GGGUAUGCCCCUCAGUGGUCCAACCGUUAAGGGUAAGGCUCAGUGGAUCGACCUGUGCACGCAGUCGUGUGGUUUCACUCCUCUAGAGACUGAUAUGCGCACGAGUGAUAUCACCAUGAGUGCUCUUACCCGUCACCAGAUCCUACCUGACAGUACAGACGAAGAGGUCACCGAACACACCAGAACCCUAAUAUGGCAAUUGCUUGGAGGUCUUUUGUUCCCUGACACGAGUGGGACAAGAAUACGAUUAUACUUUUUGGAGGUCUUGCAGGGUGACUUGGCUUUAGCCCGUCGAUGGAGUUGGGGAUCAGCGGUUCUCGGGUACCUCUACCAUAACUUGUGCAACGGUGCCAAGUGGGAAACCAAACAAGUUGGCGGUUGUAUGCACUUGUUACAGAUUUGGGCUUGGUCGAGGAUUUCGAUGGUCCGUCCCUCAGUAGUUCAGGUCAUUCAACAUGACCAUCUUCCAUAUGGGUGCAGGUGGAUCGUCCCCAAGUCAUAUAAGGGAUCCCCAAGACACUGCAUACGCC